AUAUAUAUAUAUAUUAUAUAUGUCUUUCUGUCUAACUAUCUUCAUCACUGUAACUCCCGGGUCCUGUACCGCUGUGGCCGUUGCGGUUCUCGACCUAGUUAUCUCUUUCCCUUCGCUACUUCGAUUUCUUCUGGAAGUUGUCCAAACUGUAGCUUCUCUGUGUCGACGCUUGGAUAGUGAGCGAAUUCUUUGCAAUAUUCUGAAGAUCCGAGAAGCUGUAGUUGGAGCACUGGCAACUUUGCUCGCCCUUUCUUCUAACUUAACGAAACAUUAUGGGUUUGGGAGAGCACAGUAUCUCAGUUGUUUCAUUUGCAUCACUGCUUGUAGUGUAGUGUACUCUAGUCCGGAAUUGCAGUCUCUUGACGCCUGGUUGGCCAUAGACAUUGACUGAGAAUCUCCUUCCCACGUUUGGCUAUUAAGGGUGUCGAUGUGUUAAGUGGAAGGUACAAGUCGUGAGGACCCUUAUGGAGUUUGUUGGCGUAGAAACCCCCGGAAGUUUCAGCCAUGCUCUAUUCGGGAAGGCUCUAUGCUCAUGAAGGCUCUGGUAACUGUCAACCAUUCAAUUUCCAACAUCGUGGCUAUUCUGGAUUCGGAAUUUUUUCAGUAUAUAGUGAGGUUAGUAUCUGUGUUUUGGUCCUUUCUCUUAACCGGCCAGGUCUACAUGCGAAGGUUAUUACCCUGACUUUGCCAAUAUAUUGAUAUUCCAUGGUUAUGUAGAUAUUUCGCUACUUCCGAGAUAUGUUGAGGAACGAACAUCUAUGAAAU